AUGACCGGCUCCGUCAAUGGCACCUCCGUUCCGACGGAGACGUCGCCGCUACUGCGCAACUCCGACGCGGAUGCGGCCAAUGGCAACGGCACCGUCGACUACGGCGGUCAGCAGAACGGCGCCACGUCCGCGGCCGCCCCCGAUGCCGAUGAGAAUCGGGACGGCAACCCGGAGAUGGCUAAGAAGAUGCACUUUCUUCUUCCGGCCGUCGGCAUCGGCAUCUAUCUCUGCGCCGUCGACCAGCUGCUCACUGUGGCGACGUAUGCCAAGAUCGGGAGCGAGCUUCACGCGCUGAAUUACACGAGCUGGCUCGCAACAUCCUACUACAUCACCCUAACCAGUUUCCAACCCCUCUACGGCAAACUCAGCGACAUCUUUGGCCGCAAAGAGUGCCUCCUCUUCGCCUACACAAUCUUCGCCAUCGGCUCCCUGGGCUGCGGCCUCGCCCAGACUUUCACCCAGCUCUGCGUCGCCCGCGCCAUAGCCGGCAUCGGCGGCGGCGGCAUGAACAGUGUCGUCGCCAUCCUCCUCAGCGACAUUGUCCCCCUCCGCGACCGCGGCGUCUGGCAGGGGUACCUCAACAUCAUCUUCGCCGCCGGCACGUCCACCGGCGCGCCCCUCGGCGGCCUACUCGCCGACUCGGUCGGCUGGCGCUGGUCCUUCACCGGCCAGGUCCCGCUCUGCGUCCUCGCCUUUUUGGCCGUGUACUUUGUCCUCGACGUCCCGCGGACGGACCACGCCCACUGGCGCGAAAAGGUGCGGCGCAUCGACUUCCUGGGCGCCGCCACGCUCGUCGCCGCCGUCGUCGCGCUGCUCGUCGGUCUGGAUUCCGGUUCCAACAACGGCUGGUCGAGCUUGCUUACCGUUGCCGCGCUCGCCGCCACGCCCGUCCUGUUCUCCGUCUUCGUCUACGUCGAGAUGCGCGUCGCUUCGCAUCCCUUUGCGCCGGGCCACAUCAUCUUUGACCGCUCGCUGUUCGCGUGCUACCUCGCAAACUUCUUCGGCAUCGCGGGCCAUAUCGCGUCCAUCUUCUUCAUCCCGUUGUUCUUCCAGGCUGUGCAGGGUACCUCGGCCACCGUCGCGGGCGCGGCGCUCCGCAAGGGCCGGUAUUACACACUGACGGUACUGGCGUACGGCCUCAUGGUCGUCGCUGUGGCGCCGACGGUCGCGGCGCUGUAUUUCCGGUCCUCGGCAGGCGUUGUGGGCGGCAUGGCGCUGCUUGCGCUCGGGGGCGGCGCGGGAAUCACGACGACGUUGGUCGCGUUGCUGGCUAAUGCGGCGGCGCGGGAUUCGGCCGUCGUGGUUGCGUGCUCGUAUCUGUUCCGGAGCCUGGGGUCGAGUAUUGGGAUUAGUGUGUGUUCGUCUGUGCUGCAGCAGGUGUUGCGGACGCAGCUGGCGGCAAGGCUGAGUGAUGGUGACGAGGCGAGGAGGGUGGAGGAGAGGGUUAGGGAGAGUUUGGAUUAUAUUCGGGAGCUGCCGCCUGCUGUUGCUGGGGAGGUGAGAUCGAGUUAUCAGGUUGCGACGUUGGGGGCCAUGGUGCCUAUGGCGGCGUUGCUUGUGCUUGCUUUUGGAAGUACCUUCUUCAUCAAGGAGAGGGCUCUGGGGAAGAAGUAA